AUGACGGUCGUUUCCUCGCGACGACUAGCAGCAGCCACUGCUGCACUAGCAGCAGCAGCAGCACCACCCAGCAGCCUCAGCAGCAGCAGCAGCAGCAGCAGCAACACCCCCCCAGCAGCCUCAGCAGCAGCAGCAGCAGCAGCAGCAGCAGCAGCAGGAGACCUGUAUGAUGCGCAUGGAGUUGUCGAGGGCGCUUUUGAGGUCAGUGUUGUAAUCUGUGAUUGGCAAAGGCCUUUUGAAGAGCCGCGCCUGCAGCAGCAAAAAGGUCUUCGUGUGGGGAGACUCGAAAGUUUCGUCGGAGACGGGAAAGGGACAAAUCUGAGACAACUCCUGGUUGUGGAUCUCCUCGUUGUGUCUGCAGCAGCAGCAGCAGCAGCAGCAGCAGCAGAAGCGCGAGCUGGCCGCAAGAAGCAGCAGUGGAGCGAGCAAAUGCGGCGUUCGAGCGAGCAGCAGAGCAGUUCAGCAGCAGCAGCAGCAGCAGCAGCAGCAGCAGCAGCAGCAGCAGCAGCAGCAGCAGCAGCAGCAGCAGCAGCAGCAGCAG